AUGCCCUUGUGGCACGUGUCUCCCGCAGACGCGUGGCUCGUGUCGGAGCUCUUCUCGCAGACGCCGCAGAGACUGUCCUUCUACAGCUGGUAUGGCAGCACCAGGCUCUUCCGCUUCCACGUGCCCUCCGACACCGUCCUGCUGCGCUGGUUGUUGCAAGUGUCCCGGGGCAGCGGGCCCGCGUGCUCAGACACAGAGAUCACGGUGUACUUUCGCUACGGCGCCCCACCGGUCACCAACCCUCUGAACACCAGCUUCCCUGACCACACGUCUGCACCAGCCUCCUUCCACUUGAGGCUGCGGCUCAGCGCCUCGCUGCAGAGCAACACCUCCAUCAACGUCUCCCACCCCGCUCCCGGGGACUGGUUCUUGGCGGCCCACCUGCCCCCCGCGCCCCAGAAGAUCCAGGUGAAGGGCUUCCUCCCCUCCUGUGCCUACGCCUUCCAGCCGGACCUGCUGGUGCUGCGGGCCACCGAGGUCUCCGUGCUGGAGCCAGCCAUGCCCCUCCCCCAGACCCUCUUCCUCUCACGCCCCAGCUACCUCAAGGUCUUCAUCCCUGAAUAUACAGAGGAGCUGCUGCUGGAGCUUCAGGGCUGCGUGUCCAAUGGGAGCCAGGCCUGCCCGGUGCGCCUGCUCGUGGGCUCAGCCACCCUGCCAGGCGACUUCCAGAGGGUGCUUAGCUGUAGCGGCCACCCCCAGUCCUGCCACCUGAGGCUGCGCUCCCCACCCUGGGAACGGUGGCUGCAGGUGACAGCAGAGAGCUUGGCAGGUCCCCGUGUCCUGGUGGCCUUCAGCGUUGUGGCCACCCUCACAGCUUGCAGGCCUUGGACCGUGAGCGCCCAGCACCUCCUACAGGCCACCCUCAACCAGACCCGAAAUGCCUCCAACGGCCCCUGGGACCCCAUCCGAGGCACUGGGCUGGGGAGCGGCGGAGCCUCCCUGUUGAACUACCCCAUGCUGCGAGAGGACGUGGACAUGCUGGGCGUGCGCUUCCGACCGCUGGACAGGGCCUCAGUGCUGGUUCAGUCCGAAAUGCCCUCUGUGCUGCGGCUGUACCUCAACACAGGCAUGGACAGCGGGGGGUCGCUCACUAUCACUCUGCUGGCCAACAAGACCACGGUCAAGAACAAUACCCUGGUGGUUGCCUGUGUGAACGCUGCCUCCCCUUUCCUCCGCUUCAACGCUUCCCACAAUUGCACCACAGCUUUCUUCCAGGGUCACCCACUGACCUUGAGCGCUGCCUCCCAGCAGGCCGACCUCAUCAUUCCCUUCCCGGAGACAGACAACUGGUACCUCUCCCUGCAGCUCCUGUGCCUCAACAGCCCUGAGGACUGUGAGCAGACGAUGAUUCGUGUAGAGACCACCUUGCACCUGGUGCCCUGCUGGAAGGACUGUGGACCCUAUGGCCAGUGCCUCCUGCUCCGAAGGCACGGAUACCUGUAUGCAGGUUGCAGCUGCAAAGCAGGCUGGCAAGGCUGGAGCUGCACAGACAAUAGCACAGCCCAGACACUGGCCCAGCAGACGGCAGCUGUGCUGUUACUGACUCUGAGCAACCUGGUCUUCCUGGCCCCCAUCGCUGUCUCCAUCCAGCGGGGCUUUCUAGUGGAGACCUCGGUCUAUGCCUACACCAUGUUCUUCUCCACGUUCUACCAUGCCUGCGACCAGCCGGGGGAGACCGUGCUGUGCAUCUUGAACUACGACACACUCCAGUACUGUGACUUCCUGGGCUCCGUGGUGUCCAUCUGGGUCACUAUCCUUUGCAUGGCUCGGCUGAAGCCGGUCCUGAAAUACGUCCUGUUUCUCCUGGGUACACUGGUCAUCGCCAUGUCCCUACAGCUGGACCGCAGGGGUGCCUGGAACAUGAUGGGACCCUGCCUCUUUGCCCUUGUGGUCAUGGUCUCCAUGUGGAUGUCCCGCUGUGUACACCGACGCCACUGCUACCCCACCUCCUGGCAGCGCUGGGCCUUCUACCUGCUGCCUGGCAUCUCCAUGGCCACCAUGGCUGUGGCCAUCUACACUUUCAUGAUGACCAACGACAACUACUACUACACACACAGCCUCUGGCAUAUGCUGGUGGCCGGCAGCGCGGCCUUCCUGUUACCUCCAGCCAGCGAGCACGCCGAGCCUUGGGCCUGCAUGCAGCAGCUCCCGUGCCACUACCAGAUCUGCAGGAACGACCGCGAGGAGCUGUAUGCUGUGACGUGAGGGCCGGUGGGCAUCCCGGCACAGUGGGGAGAGAGACCCUACUCUGGCCCAAUUCCAAAAGAAUAAAAGUGCCCUGAGCAGCCUCCGGGUUCCAUCCUCCAGGGAGAUGGCCUCCGCUCUGCUGGUGUAGUGGGGCUCUUGGGCACUGCAGGCCAGGCCCCACCUGUCAGCGUCCACUAGGGCUAGAGCCCACAGGGACUGAGAUAGGCCUGGGGGGGGGGAGGUGUGAAAUGGGAGGGAGCACUCCCACUUCUUUAGCCCAGGGAGCUCAGAGCAGGCCACACUGUGUGCUAGCGCCUUUCUCUGCUGGGGGCACAGGAGUGCUGGGACAGCCCUAUGGUGACCAUGAGGCUUGGGCCCAGAGAUGAGCAGCCCACUCCCCUGAAAGAAUUGUGACCCCAGGAGUCACGGCUAGGGGGUGGGGCUGAGUGUUAGGCCCUCCUUAAGGGACAGCCUUAGACCACUAGUUUUGUUGAGCAGCAACCUGCCACUGACUGCGGGCUGUCUCCGUGGGCUGCCUCUGUCCCGCACCUGGUCGGGAAUCCUUUCCCCUCAGCCACCCCACAUUUGCCCACUAAAGCGACUUCCAGGCUUCUAAUGUAUAUUGUAUAUGAUGUAUAGAAUUAGUGUAUAUUGAAGUUUUUUCUGAAUCAAGGCAUUUUUAUGUAGCUCGUAUUUUGCUAUGACUGGUGAAUUUAAUAUAUUCUACAAUGAUUUCUCAAGCCAAA